UUCUUCUGAUCCUUCUGGACAAGUCUCUUCUCUCUCUCUCAAUCAAAAUGGUCAUAGAAAACCACGCGAAGAAUAGACUUCAACAACACACAAGACUACUAUGCGAGCCACUAAUAGCAAUUGAGGAAGCUUGAUAAUCAUCAUCAUCAGAAGAGAGAGAAAGAGAAAGAGAAGUGAACUCAGAGGAGGAGAAAAGAUGGGGGUGGAUUACUACAAGAUAUUAAACGUUGAUAGAAACGCAAAAGAUGAUGAUUUGAAAAAAGCUUAUAGAAAGCUUGCCAUGAAGUGGCACCCUGAUAAGAACCCUAACAACAAGAAAGAAGCUGAGGCCAAAUUCAAGCAGAUCUCUGAAGCUUAUGAGGUUCUGAGCGAUCCUCAGAAAAGAGCAGUGUAUGAUCAGUAUGGAGAAGAGGGGCUGAAGGGACAGGUUCCACCGCCGGACGCAGGAGGACCCGGCGGAGCCACCUUUUUCUCGACUGGUGGCGGUGGGCCGACAUCAUUCAGAUUCACACCCAGAAACGCUGAUGACAUAUUCGCAGAGUUUUUCGGGUCUUCGAGCCCGUUUGGAGGUAUGGGUGGUGGGUCCAGGUUUGGGAGCCUAUUCGGCGAUGAUUUCUUUGGUUCUUUCGGUGAAGGGGGAGGCGGCGGCGGCGGCUUUGGAUUCAUGAAUCAAACUGGACCUCGAAAAGCUCCUCCAAUUGAGAGAACUCUGCCUUGCACCCUUGAAGAGCUCUACAACGGCACUACCAAGAAGAUGAAGAUCUCCAGAGAAAUUGCUGAUGCCAGUGGAAAGACUAUGCCAGUAGAGGAGAUCCUAACAAUCAACAUCAAGCCCGGUUGGAAAAAAGGUACCAAAAUCACGUUCCCGGAGAAAGGAAAUGAGCAGCCAAACGUUAUACCAUCCGACCUCGUCUUCACCAUUGACGAGAAACCUCACAGCGUGUUCACUCGUGACGGAAAUGAUUUGGUCACCACACAAAAGAUACCUUUGGCUGAAGCCUUGACAGGUCUCACUGUAAAUCUAACUACCUUGGAUGGCCGGAAUUUAACCAUCCCAAUCAACAAUGUGAUUCAUCCAAAUUAUGAGGAGGUAGUCCCGAGGGAAGGAAUGCCAAUCCCUAAAGAUCCAACGAAGAAGGGAAACCUGAGAAUCAAAUUCGACACCAAGUUCCCGACAAAGCUGACUGCAGAGCAGAAGGCUGGAGUCAAGAACCUAUUGCCUGCUUGAAAUUCCGGUUGUUUUCGGAGAUGAAGGAAGCUGUUUUGUGAAUACUGUAUACACACCUAUUGUGGGAUUGAGGGUCUUAUUAACUAUUUUCCAAUUCAUUUUCUAGAGAACAGUUUUGGAGUUUGUUUUGUUUGGAACGUGGUAAAAUGAGUGAGUAAGUUAAAUUUGUGGUUUAAGGCCAAGUUUGACAUCCUUAAAAUAAUCUAUCUUUUUAUUUUUUUUUCA